AUGCUUUCCAGAACAGGAACAGCACUACGGGGAAUGCCCGUGGCUGCGACGCGGCUUGGAAUGCGCUUCUACGCGCAGUUGCCCUUGCGCGUGCCGGUCAAAAUGCCUAACGGCAUCGAGUAUGAGCAGCCAACCGGGUUGUUCAUCAACAACAAGUUCGUCCGCGCCAAGCAAGGCAAGACUUUCGAGGUCGUCAGCCCUGCUACGGAAGAAGAGAUCACACACGUCUACGAAGCGCGCGAAGACGACGUAGAAGACGCAAUCGCGGCUGCAGACCAGGCUUUCAAGAGCGGUGUGUGGUCCGACGCCGACCCUCUGGUACGCGCAAAGGCUCUUAACAAGCUCGCAGAAUUGAUCGAGGAAGACCUAGAAACAAUUGCAUCCAUCGAGACUCUUGACAACGGAAAGGCUAUCUCUAGUGCACGUGGCGACGUUCAGCUAGUCGCCAACUACUUGCGUUCGUGCGCUGGCUGGUGUGACAAAAUUGAUGGCCGGCUCAUUAACACAGGCUCAACCCACUUCUCGUACACCAUCAGACAGCCUCUAGGUGUAUGUGGACAAAUUAUCCCUUGGAACUUUCCUCUAUUGAUGUGGGCCUGGAAGGUCGGCCCUGCCUUGGCCACCGGUAACACCGUCGUUCUGAAGACUGCUGAAUCUACCCCCUUGUCCGCCCUUUAUGUCUCCCAAUUUGUGCCUAAAGCCGGCAUUCCUGCCGGCGUUGUUAACAUUAUCUCCGGGUUCGGUAAGAUCAUCGGUGAGGCACUAACUACGCACCCUAAGAUCAAGAAAAUUGCAUUUACUGGUUCAACUGCUACUGGACGCCACAUCUAUCAAAAUGCUGGUGCCAACCUAAAGAAGGUGACUCUGGAACUAGGUGGUAAGUCUCCUAACAUUGUGUUUGCUGACGCAGACCUGAAGGCGACCGUUCAGAACAUUAUCUUGGGUAUCUACUACAACAGUGGUGAGGUUUGCUGCGCAGGCUCCAGAGUAUAUGUUGAAGAAUCCGUGUACGAUCAAUUUUUGGAGGAACUAAAGGCUGCCACUGAGAACGUCAAAGUCGGCGACCCAUUCGACGAUGCAACCUUCCAAGGUGCACAGACAUCUCAGAUGCAGCUUUCCAAGAUCUUGAAGUAUGUCGAGAUUGGAAGAGAUGAGGGUGCCACCUUGGUUACUGGUGGCGAAAGACUAGGAAACAAGGGUUUCUUUGUGAAGCCAACCAUUUUCGGUGAUGUUACCGAAGACAUGAGAAUUGUCAAGGAAGAGAUUUUCGGCCCUGUUGUCACCAUCACAAAGUUCAAGACCGUCGAGGAGGUGAUUGAGAAGGCUAACGACUCUGAGUAUGGUUUGGCUGCUGGCGUUCACACUAAAGACAUCAACAAAGCUAUUGAGGUCUCCAACAGAGUCAACUCCGGUACGGUUUGGAUCAACACUUUCAACGACUUCCACCACGCUGUUCCAUUCGGUGGCUUCAAUGCCUCGGGUAUCGGCAGAGAAAUGGGAAUUGAAGCGCUGGAAAACUACACUCAGGUCAAGGCUGUUCGCGCAAAGCUGACACUCUCUGGGAAGUAG